AGGAGGCAAUGCGCACCAGGAAUGUGCCACCGUGGGUUCCACUAUCCUAUGUCACAGUGCCGAAGACGAAGACCAACUAUACUCUAUGGUCUCUCUCGUUCUCGCGAAUUAGAAGCGCGCGCGUUGUUCAUCAUCAUUGCAGGCAACCUGUUCGACAAAAAGCGCAAGACAAUGCCUCACUCACCGUUCCUCUUCUAUCAUUACCCUUGUCCCUCUGCUCCCUCGGUUAGCCGGCCAGGCUUCCAAAAAGAGUUUAAAAAAAUUAGGAUCAUUGAAUCUUUCACCCAAUAUUUCCUGCAUUCUUAGUUUUUUCACUUAAUUUUUUAACUUCGCCGGUUUUUAUGUCGCGAUCCGUGCCCUCUUUUCCCUCCCAGUUCUUUUCGAUUCCGAUAUUCUUUCGCUUUUGGUUUGGAGUUUAAUUAUUUAUUAUGUGGUACAUGCUGUUUGCGUUUGUUGUUUUUGGGCAUCGAGUUCGGCUUUUGAUUGAGACACACAUGGAUUUCCUCUGUUGUCCACACGGCAAAAUUGUGCUUACUGGGUGUCUGGGACAAGACUCCGGUUUGAGCUCUGUUUUUGCCUCUUUCUUUUCCCUUUUUGGUCGUGAUGGAUAAGUAAAUAAUUCUCAAUUGUACUUUUUUCUCAACAAAGUCUAGAAGUUCUUUGCUUCUUUUGAAAGGUAUAUUAUCUAUACCCAAUUGGAGUUGGUGUUUGUUAGAGAGAAAUCAGGUGCGUUGUUAGCUCAGUCAUGGCCCCAGCAGGAAAGGUUUCUGGGUUCUACAGGGAGGGCAAUGACUGGUUCUGCAAUGCUGGGUUGCCAAGCGAUUUGACUAUCGCGGUUGAAGGUGACAAUUUCCAUCUACACAAGUUUCCACUUAUCUCAAAAUGUGGGAAGAUCGCACAAAUACUGGAAGAAUCCCAAAGUAUCCAUUCAAAGAUUUCCACCACUGCUCUUGCAGAAUUCCCCGGUGGCCCUGAUACAUUCUUGAUCCCAGUGAAAUUUUGCUAUGGCGUAAGAGUGGAAUUGACACCACGAAAUAUUGUGAUGGUGUAUUGUGCUUCAGACUACCUAGAGAUGACAGAUGAGUAUGGAGAAGAUAACUUACUCUCUAGAGCUGAGAGUUUCUUCCACAAGCAUGUCCUUCGCAACUGGAAGGACUGUAUAUUGGCUCUUCAAAGUUCUGAAGGUGUCUUACCGAGGGCUGAAAAGCUCCAGAUAAUAAGCAAAUGUUUGAGUUCCUUAUCCAUGAUGGUUUGUACAGAUCCUAGUUUAUUUGGAUGGCCCAUGAUGAUGUAUGGUAGCUUACAGAGCCCUGGUGGAAGCAUCCUGUGGAACGGAAUAAACACGGGGGCUAGAAUUCACAGUGCAGAAUCUGAUUGGUGGUUUGAAGACAUUUCAUAUCUCAGUGUAGGUAUGUUUGAAAGACUUAUCAAGAAAAUGGAAGAAAGAGGUAUAAGGCCUGAAAAUCUUUCUGGUGCAAUAAUGUACUAUUCCAGAAAGUACCUACCUGGUCUAAGCCGAUGGCAGAGUGUACCGAGUAGCAAAAACAGGACUGUUGCCAGUUUCAGCUUGACCCCCGCAGUCGUUGAUCAAAGGUUUUUGUUAGAAACCAUAGUGAAACUUAUUCCGGAAAAGAAAGGAAAGUCCUCCUGUCGUUUCCUACUGGGACUUCUUCGCGUUGCAUUGAUAUUGGGUGUUAGUCAAACAUGCACUGAUUCUCUAGAGAGAAGAAUUGGAAUACAAUUGGAUCUGGCAACCUUAGAUGGUCUUCUCAUUCCAAAUUAUUCGGACUCUGAUACUUUAUACAACAUUGACUAUAUUGAGAGGAUCAUACAUCAUUUUACAUCCUCAGUGUCAAGGAUACAAUCAUUUUCACCAUCUUCACCGAACUUAGAGAUGUCACCAUCAUCUGAACCAUUGAAAAAAGUUGCAAGAUUGGUAGAUAACUACAUUGCAGAGGUUGCUUCCGAUGUAAACUUGAAACCAGGAAAGAUAAGAUCACUUGCAGAGUCCCUUCCUGAAUCAUCAAGACAGUUGCAUGAUGGGCUGUACAGAGCGCUGGAUAUAUAUUUCAAGGCACAUCCUUGGCUAUCUGAGAACGAGAAGGAGGAACUUUGUAAUGUCAUUGACUGCCAAAAACUCUCCAUUGAUGCAUGUGCUCAUGCUUCCCAAAAUGAAAGGCUGCCUCUUAGAGUUGUUCUUCUAGUCCUGUUUUGCGAGCAGAUGCAGUUGAGAACUGCUUUAGCCGGCUGCCUCCAUAUCUUGGAAAAUGAGAGUGCCCCUACAGGUCCAAUGGCAGUCCCUAGUGACAUGGCUGGCUCCAUUGUGCAGAGAGAUGGGUGGGUGACUGUUGUGCGUGAAAAUCAAGUGUUAAAGGUGGAUAUGGAAAGAAUGAGGUCUAGAGUUGGAGAGCUUGAGGAAGAAUUUUGCAAAAUAAAACAAGAAAUGAAACGGGUGACCAAAUCACACAGUUCCCUCAGUUCACCUCGCCUGGUUGCCAGGAAGAUUGGAUGCAAGCUUCUUUCACGAUCCUCAGAUGUGCAAGCACGUGAUAUUGAAAACACUGGACCUACUCCAAGAGCAUCAGUCGAGCAAGCACACCCCUCCGUGCACUCUAGGCAUCGGAAAAGUUUCUCCUUUUUUUGAUGUAACAUGAAGAAUCUUAAGCCCUACUUUUUGUUUAUAGAAGAGAGGGUGGAUACUCAUUCAGUUAUCUGAACUUUGAAGGCAGUACAAAGGAAGGUGACAGUUUUGUGUACAAAACCGGUUCGGCAUUGACUAAAGAGGAUCACAGUUUCUAUCUUGAGUGAAUUUGUCUUGGCGUUUUUUCCUCUGAUUGGAGGGAAUUUCUGAACCGUCUUAAAGAGAGGGGGUUUUCAAGGAUUGUAAGUGUUCGAAGUGAUCCCACUGAAGAUGUACAACGCUACGACUGAACUCAUCCCGAUUUGGACUUACAGGACUUUAUAUCAUGCAGUGGUGCUACCCUUCAAGUAUUUUACAUGGUGUGCUUAUCAAAGAACGUUUGAAAUGUGGUUUUUGUUUUCUCCUUUUUUCGGGCUAUACAUAUACAUACACAUACAACUCUCUGAAUUUCAGGAGAGUAUGCAGUCCAGUGCUAGAGUUGCAGAGGAUGCAAUCUAGAGUUCACACAUUCAGUUAUUGAAAUCAGCAUCUUCACAUAUUAUGUGAGAGUACGGUUUGCAUACAUUCUGUCGGUCUCCGACCCCGUCCAUUAUGGGAAUCUUGUGUACGAGAGUUGUUUAUAUUUAUAUAUUUUUACAUAUACAGACAACCCUUCAAAUUGAUUUAAAAUUGAAGGAGGAAGAUAGCCU